AUUGCCUGCACAGUCCGAGCUCCUGCUCCCUGCAGAAUGUGAAGAAUGAGGCCAGCCCUGCACUAUGUGUCCUGCCUGCUGUCCAUCCUCCUCCUCCAGCCCUGGUCACUGGCCAUUCCCGGCACAAAGAACCCGAAGCAGCAGCUGGCGCGAAGUGUGUCCAUUCAGCGCAGAAUCUGGAUUGACCCAGGAUCGCCAAUCAGUAAUGGCUACCAGGCAAAUUAUGAAAACAGAAUUGAAUAUUUAAUAAGAAUUGGAAUGAAAGACCAUCGUCUCAUAUUGACCAAGGCAAAAGACCUGUUGGCGUUGAAUUUUACUGCUUCACAUUAUCAGGGAGAUGGGACGUUGGUUACAGAAGAAAUGGACCACCUGGCUCACUGCUGCUAUACAGGGAAGGUGGAAGGACUCCCAGAAUCCUUUGCUUCAGUUUGCACUUGUCAUGGCCUCAGUGGUUAUAUUUGUCACGGCAAUGACACAUACAGCAUCGAGGCCACCGGCCAAUCUGAAUCCGACUAUGUGAUCACCAAACACAAUACCUACAAACAAGACCCUAAAUUGGUGCAGCAUCGUCUGACCCGCUCCCUGCAGACUCCUUCCAGAAAGAAGGAUGUGAUGGACAAUUACAACAUUGAGCUGUUCUUGGUAGCUGAUAAAGCAGAGUUUCAGCGUCAUGGGGAGAACUUGGACAAAACCAGACAACAUCUGAUGACCAUUGCUCACCACCUUAACCAGAUAUUUUUGAAGAUCAGCUUUCAAAUCUUUUUGGUGGGGAUUGAAAUUUGGACAGAGGAAAAUAAGGCCAAUGUUUCAGAGACCGCAUCUUCCACCCUACUAGAGGUCCUAGAGUGGAGAAGACAGCAUCUGCUGCCCCGGAAACAUCAUGAUAACAUGCAACUCAUAAGUGGGAAACAGUUUAAGAACCACGCUCUUGGAGAGGCGUUUGUUGCAAAAAUGUGCACCCCGGAUCAUAGUGGUGGAGUUAUAAAGGAUACGGGUGUAAGCCCUAAGGAGCUGGCAAAGUAUGUGGCGCACGAGAUGGGGCACAAUCUGGGCAUGGAUCAUGACACAGACUCCUGUUACUGUCCGGCUGGGUCGGGAAAAUGCUUGCUGUCCAGACGGACCGGGUAUAACAUGAAUGAGGAUUUUAGUGACUGCAGCUUUCGCUUCCUAUGUCGGUUCCUGGAAGAAAAGGAUGUGACCUGUUUAAUGGACAGACCGGAGACAUAUAUUGAUGAACCAAUCAAGCUUAGCCACCCAUACCAGAUUCUAGAAACCGUAGGGAUGGUUUCUCUGGGCCUCUGCUGCCUCAUCUUUCUUCUCUUAUUCGCCAUCAUCUGGAAAAAGAGGUUUUGUCGAAGGACAGAAACGAAGAGGAACUUUACUCCAGUGCAGCCAUGGAAUGGAAAUCAGAUUCUGAGCAUUUAAAAAGGAGUUGGUGGUGACCAUCACCUGAAAGAGCACUUCCUCGUUCACAUGGAACGAGCAUAGUGGAGCUGUUACUCUUCCUGGUAACAUUGGAUGAAGCUCCUGCUGGAUGGAUGUUUGGUUUGAGCCAGGUCAGGACUGUCGAGGACCAGCUCAGAUACCAACAGAUCAUAUUCUUCAGGGAAACAGCUGCUAA